AUGCACGAGUAUACGCGUGACCAGUUCAAGGACUGCCUCCGGAACCGCCGCGUCGUCUUCAUCGGCGACUCCACCACCCGGGAGAUCUUCUGGUCCGCCGUGACUCGCUUAGAUCACUUCACUGCCGAGAGGGAGCUCCUGGAAACCUUCGUAUCCGAAAAUCCACAACGAGACUUGAAGUUUGACGUUGAGGGUGUGCAUCUAGAGUUCAUAUGGGAUCCUUGGCUUAACUCGACCGGCCUUCGCGAGGAGCUCAAGACAUUCCGUCGUCACAAGUCAUCCACAGGGGAUAAUGAGAGUAAGCAGGAUGAAUCUGCGGCAUUGGUGAUACUUGGCGCACCGGGACUAUUCGCUGCUCGCCAUGGCGGGGACGACUAUUUCGCCUUGUUCAGGAAGGCAGUAGACAGCGUGCGGCCAUUCCUCAGGAAGCCCCUAGCUCCGACGGCGAGCUUGACCGGAAAAUAUGAGGAGCUAGGGAACCAGAUACUCCUUGCCCCUGUCCAGAUCCCAGCUUACGACAAGCUGUACCCGGAGAGGAGGAAGACGAUAACUCCAUCUCGGAUCGACCGCAUGAACCACUAUCUCAAUUACCUUCCCGCCACUGAGAGAACUCAUGUUCUGUGGGCGUACAAUGAGAUGACCAAUCAAGCCCCUAAUGGCAUUCGGGAAGAUGGCUUCCACGUCUUUGGCGGCGUGACCGACCGAAGAAUCGAUAUGGCGCUGAAUGCACGCUGCAAUAGCGGAUUAGUGAAGCACGGCUUUGAAGGCGAGCGGACAUGCUGUGUCCCAUACACUUCAGCAGUUGGAGGGCAGAUUGGCAUGCUGCUCGUUGCUGCACUCAUCAUUCCAUUCUUCCACUGGGCGCAGCGGCCCAACAACCGCUCGAUUGCGAGAUAUCUCCCAUCAGGGGACAUUCUCAAUGCACUGACGGUGUUAGUAGGGAUUGCAGUCAUCUGUUUCCUUGCUGACAAGACACAGCUUCUCUCGAAAGCAGAGAAGUAUCGCGACAGGGUUACUCUCGUCGUAUUAUGCAUUGUUUUGGGUGUUAUUAGUGGGGUGUCCUACCGCCAGAGCGCGUCUCAACUGUUUCCUUCUACGUCUGAGAAGGGGCGUGCUCUCGAUUCCGAUGACCCUGGGUUUAUGUCCCGCGAUGUGUCGAACGAGUGGAAAGGAUGGAUGAUGGUGUUCGUUCUCCUACUCAACUUCCAGUACACUGAUAACAGCCUGUGGCCAUACAAGCUGUUCACGCUAGCUUCAUCCGCUUACAUCUUCCUGUCGACUUUCGGCCAUGCGUCAUAUUUUCUGAAGACCGACGACUUCUCACUUAGACGCUUCACUAUCGUGCUUCUGCGUGUGAACCUUCUUAGCUGGGUCCUCGGAUAUGCAUUGAACGUCAACUGGCCCGUGUACAGCUUCCCUCGCCUUAUCAGCUUCUGGUUUAUCGUUACGUAUGUCGUUUUACGAACCUUCAAGCGAUUCAAUCAUAGCCCGGCGCAUCUUUUCGUUAAGGUAGUGGCUUCAGCUCUCAUCAUCACAGUUCUAGUGCAGGCCCAGGGGCCGCUGGAGGUCACUGGCCGCAUACUUAACACAUUUUGGGCGACGAAGUGGGACGUUCGCGAGAUUCGCACACAGUUCUCUACGCACCGUUUCAUACCCUACUUUGGUAUUCUCGCCGCUGGAUUAUCACAUCGAUUCUCCACCCUCAGAAAUAAUACACAACCCACUACGAAGCGAGCAACAGGAUUUCUUGGCAAUGUUGAUAGAGCCAUGUCUCUAAUUCUCAGUCCUAAUCAGUUUACCGCCCCUCUACAACUCAUCAUCAUAGCCUUGUCCCUCCUGUCCAUUGGGAUAGUCUCCGAAGUUGUCCGCCGCGUUGAACAGCGAGACCGGUUCGAAAGCUUCAAUGCUUUCACCUCACUAUUGCAGAUCAUCCCGUUUGCUAUCCUGAGGAAUUGCCACAGCUCCUUGAGAAAACACUACUUGGCAAUUCCUGCUACAUUGUCCAAGGCAGCUCUGGAGGUCUACCUGCUUCAGAAGCACAUAUUCUUAUCUGGAGACGGGACUGGGCUUCUGAGAACCGGCCUGUGGAGGCGGAAUGCGGGUUUCAUCUCAUCUGCGGGAUGGAUGUUGGAGACGGUCCUUUUAGUGAUUGUCUUGUUAUUUGUCAGCUCGCACGUGCAUGAUACCACUCAGAUCAUCUGCGCGUGGAUUGUCGGCGAGGAAGAGCCUGAUCUGACGGGCCGCCGACGCAGGCUCGAUGUCGAGUCUGGCAGUGUUGGUCUUGCUCGUCGGACCGGUCUGCUUGGAGGUCGCCUCACGCUUCAGAAUGCGCGAGUCCGAGUCGGCGUCAUAGUCCUCCUGUUCUGGCUGUGGAAUGUAUUAUAUCGAUGA